UGUGUAUUGUGCGACUACAUAAUGUGUUUAUAUGAGCAAAUAACAUCUUUAUGACAUCUUAAAAGCUUCUUGUGAAAUUGUAGUAAAGUGUAUAAGGAAAAUUUGGAAUUCAACAACGAAUAUGAAGAAAAUACUUGCUGUCGUGGUAAUAUUCUUGGGUUUUGCACUUUCGGAUUUACAGGUCCUGGCGGACGUGACCUUCGAAGACACCCCUACAAACGUGACAGCAAUAGUGGGUGAAACAGUGACACUUCCAUGUAUCAUCAAUGGAAUGGAGAAUACAAAUGCACCUGUACUCUGGAUUAACAAAAGGACAAGUCUUCCCUACUCUGUCGGCCGUAACAUAUUCACCAGCGACAGCAGAAUCCAACUCACUCAAGCGAACUCCAUAGACGAUUGGAGUUUGAUGAUAAACGAUGUUGACUUAUCUGACCAGAACAUUUACACCUGCUCCGUAUACACCAAGCCGCGCAAAUCCCAGGACAUCAGUUUGACAAUAUUGAGUCCUCCGAAGAUUGUAAACUCUUCCGAAUAUACAGAGACUGUUAACACUGGCGAGUCCAUAGAGCUGACGUGUCUCGUCGAGGGAGUUCCGCCGCCAGUUGUGUUCUGGUAUGAGUUUGGUCUCCGGGAUAGAAUAAAGGUUGGUACGAGCGAAACUUUACUGAUACAAAACAUCACAGGAACUGUUGAAGGAGUGUACCGUGGAUAUCGGGAGUAUGAAUGUGUUGUGGCCAAUGGAGUUGAGCCAACGUUAUCGAAACUUUUCAGAGUGGAUGUACAUGCUGUGCCAAGCAUUGAGCUUCUUACUGCCAGUGACUCCAUUGUUUCGAUCGGAAGAAACGUAACAAUGACUAUAAGCUGCACUGGAAACCCGCCGCCCUUUGUUGAUUGGGUUCACAGCAGGCUUGUAUUGUAUCGGAAUAAUGUCAGAUAUAUAUUUGAGUCCAGGAAUGAAAGCAUCCAUUCCUUAACUAUCACAGGCAUCAACUUAGACGAGUUCGGGUUUUACAGGGUCGUGUGUGUGAACAGCCUUGGGAGAGAUGGAGCAGUUUUUCAAAUUAAACAAUUUUUACCGCCAGAAAUUGACUUAAUACGCUCUAGUGGAAACCAAAGUGUGCAUCUCGGAGACUCUCUGGAGUUAUCCUGUUACACUACAUCGGGAAAUGCAGCGAUCAGCUGGUACAAAGCAGAAGACAUUGAAAGCAAUCGUGACGUUCCUGUAGGAACGGGAAACACUUUGGCCAUUCCGUUUGUUCAAACAUCUGAUGCUGGGCUAUACGUGUGUUUGACCGGAAAUACGCUUGGAUUUUCCACCCACCAUAUAGCAGUAACUAUUCAAGCUCGCCCCGCCCUUGAAACCACACCCCUCAACAUCACGGCCAAACGAGGCUUCUCUGUCACGCUUCCUUGUAGCAUCAAUAAUCUGGGCACACACAGGGUGAUGUGGAUGUCCCAGUACAACGUAGCAAUAACCAUAGAUGAUAGGAUUAUCUUACCGGAUUCGCGGUACAGUCUUGAACGAGCUUAUGACAAGGAUUGGGGUCUCGUCAUCAACAACGUGAAGUCAACAGACGAGGGGGUUUAUAGAUGUGUCGUCAACUCCUUUCCAGUGCUGGAAAAACAAAUCAGCCUUAUCGUUCUAGUUUCGCCUUCCAUAGACAGCCAAAUGACUAGUAACAAUAUGGCAGUUUCCGAAAUGGAUGACGUAACUCUAAGAUGUCACGUGACAGGCAACCCUAAGCCGGAUAUCACGUGGUAUCGACGAGUUUCCGGUGCUGAUCACCAAGAUUUAGUCAGGGAGCGUCUGGAACAGACUGGAAACAUUCUCAACAUUCCACAAAUAGAUCGCCAUUCCGCGGGCGAGUAUAUCUGCCAUGCCUCGAACGGUAUCGAACCCAGUGCCUCUAAAAACAUCACAGUUGAUGUGCUAUAUGCCCCUGAAAUCCAGACUAUGAUGAGAAAUAUGGGUCAGUAUCUGGGACGAGACUCGACUUUAGAAUGUACGGCAGAGGGAAGCCCAAUUCCCGAUAUGAAGUGGUAUAUCAACGGUCAGCGAUUAAUCGACAGUUGGAAAUUCAAAACCACCAACUACGUAGAACCACUGGACGGAGUGGUCACUUCCGCUCUCCUCAUCAGAAAUAUUGACCGUAUGGACUAUACGGUUUACACGUGCGAAGCUGAAAACGCGCACGGAACAGCUUUACAUAAUAUCACCGUCUUUCCGUUAGGUUCACCCGAAAUCAUCAUAGAACAGUCUAGCAGGGAUAUGAUCGUAAGAGAAGGCACAGAAAUUGAUUUGGAAUGUUUCGCCUCCGGAACACCCACUCCAACAGUGACAUGGAGUAAGAACGACGGACAGACUGAAAUAGGUCCAGGGACAGUCACAUUGACCAAUGUACAAGCAUCAGAUGCCGGAACGUACACAUGUUUCGCUGAAAAUCCUCUCGGGUCCGACACACUUUCUAUACAGAUAGAUGUAGAAUACUCGCCCACGGUUUCGGUACAAUCUUCAGAGUAUGAAUUCGUCCAAGGCGAAAUGGUGUCUAUCAACUGUACAGUAAAGGGGCGUCCUCAACCCCAGAUGUCCUGGCGAAAAGAAGACUCUUCUGAGGAUUCAACAGCCGAUAUAACAGAGUUGAACGAAAGCACAUGGAUAAUGACACUCCGAAUAGACAUUGUCACUUCGGACGACUUCGGCGGUUACCUAUGUGAGGCAGUUAACUCAGCAAACAGCAGUUCCAGUUUAAUCCAGCUUAUAGAGUUACAAACAACGACGAUAGAACAAACAAUCGCGCCGACAACGCCCACGACAACCCUACCACCGACGACUCCUAAACCAGCGACGACAAUCCAACCUCAAACAACGACGAUAAAAAAAGACAACAUUCACAACCCAGCCGAGGAGAUCAAAGCGACCUCCCCUAAAAGCAACGAAAUGGGAACAGAAUCUCCCCUGGGUGGUCCGAAUUCAUCAUCAACAACUAAGACGACAGGGAGUACAGUAUUACUUGUUAUUAUAGCAUUGGUACUCCUUUGGUGAGAAUAGUGUACUCUAAGUCCACUCUUAUCAAUAUAAUCUAUAAAACGUGAACUUUUGGAUUCCGGAAAACACCACCACAGGCGACUGCAUCAAACUAAAUUCUUUCAAUGAAAAACUCUUUCCAUGCUUUUUGCCUGGUUCAUAAAUAUACACAUGUGUUUUAUAUUUAGAAAUGAAGCCAACAUCAUUACUUUUAGAUGCGUCCUGUUCGUUCGUAUUAUCGUUUUAUCCUUGGCUUCGAUACCACCCGCUAUGCAGGGCGAUUGAAUAAAACUGGAAGAUUUAAUUAUACAUGUGUACCUCACUAUUCCAACCACGGUACAUAUAUAUUGUGCCAAAUAUUCUAACCCUUGUCUGGUGUGAAUGUUAGAUGUGAGAAGGGUUUAAUUCUUCAUAUAUUAAGCAGAAAGUAUGAAGCCAAUAUAAUAGUUUAAUCAGUCGUCUCGCCCAGUUGACUUUAAAAAAAACUAUCAUACAGAAACACUUGCUAUGCAUCUAUCAAGGAAUGUCACGUGACAAACACACUAAACAUUGGAAUAAACAUAUUUCCAUCAGAACCUUUAUUGCACGUGCUACAUGUAUACGUUUCCAGUCCGACCAUAGCUUUGAUAUGGAAAUGCUUAACAAUGCAAGAAAACAUGGUAAAUGAAAUAUUAAACAUGUAUGAUCACGUGACAGUUGUUUAUUCUGAAUAUUUCAUUGUAUCGAUAAAUGCUUUAAAACCGAUUUCAAAGAUUUUACUGGAAUAAAUCCGUUUAAAGUGACAAGACACACUGCCCGGUAUACACAUGUACCACUGAUCACAUGUAACGAACAACUCACGGAUUGGAUUGAAUUUAGAUAUUUUGUAAUCCGUCAUCAAUAUCCGUCUAAAUUUAUUUCAAAUAUUUUUUAUAAAAUAUCAAUGGCAUUCGUUUGAGAAGGUGAACUAUCAGUAAUUUUAUUUGAGUGAAUUAUUCAUUAUUCCGAAAUUUCUUGCACUGCGAAAAAGGAAAUUUCAUUUAUAAUCGAAGUGUGCAUGCUUCAGGAGUUUUAAACGUAUGUUUAUCGCUUCUCAAAAGUUACUUAGAAUAAACUUCCGAGCGAUAUUAGUUUUAAACAACUCAUUGUCAUGAAAGAUGUUCGUACAUUAACCGAAAGUAAGCGGAGAGCUUGUAUGAUGGAUAGUGUCACGUGAUUAGGAGACAGGCUCAUUUGAACUUCAUUUGUGUUCGCCCUGUGUAGAUGAUUCUACUACUUAUAAAUAGUUAGGUGUAGAUGUAGGAGGAGGGUCUAAUUUAACACUGACUUCCGGUACAGGCAGAGAGAGGAUAUUGUGUACAAGUGGAACCGGAAAAGUAUGGACAUGAUUAACUGUGUGAAAGGCAGUCCUAAUGACGAAGCUCCUGAAUGACACAGAAUGAAUGGAUAUGAUAUUACGUCGUACUUCUGAAUGAAAGAGAAAUAAGACAAUGUCUAUGAUAUAACUGUAUUUUUUGUAAAUAAUUAUACUUAAAUAUAAUUGUGAGAAAUUGUAUGUGAAAAUGGUCAUUUAACGCUAACAUGCUUCGAUACAAAUUUUUAGCUUUACCUGCAAUCUAGUGUGUGCUGACAUAGAGUCUGUUGUUGGGUAAAGGAUUUCCACUUGUCUAAUAAAAACAUUAUUUUCUAAAAAAAAAUCGUCUUCAAACCAAUGAACCCAACAGCAUCAAUUUUCAUUUACAUACAUUUAUGGCUUGUUAGUAUUAACCAACAGCAUCAAUAUGCUGUAAUAGGAAAGGUAAAAGUAAUCGACGAACGAGUUCAUAUCAAACACCUGAAUAGUAUUAAUGGAAGUUGAAACAAGGGGAGCGAUACAGCCCUUAUGGGCUCUUGUUAAGUAAUACUUUUGCAAAGCGUUUGAAAUUUGAAGCUUUGUUUUUUUCCACGAGUUGUAUAAGGCUUGCUCCACGUACUGUUGUUUUUUUUCUGCAGAUUUAUUUUACAGUCAUUCUGAGUGUAUGUACGGUUUCUAAAUGUAUAUGCAAAUGUAUUAGUUUGUGUUUUUUAAUAUUAAAUGUGAUCGUAUAUAUGAAAUAUACUAUAGGUAUUCAGAUACACUUAAGACACAAGAUUGAAAGUUUUCAUUGUCCGGAUAAUGCGCAUAAGACACAUGGAAAAUAAUAAGAUAUUAGGCCCAUACUCCUUCAGUUACAUCAUAAAGGGCUAAAAAAACAAAAACAAAAACAAACACACACACAUUAAAACAAAACAAAAAAAACAAAAAACAAAAACAGAAACCAAAGAAAACGUUCCUUUUAUUUGACACGCGGCUUAACAGGUAUUUCAAAAGUACAAAAUUAUAAAAAUGCGAGUUACCGUUGCUUAUAAGAUUGCGGUUCUUGAAUUUGGUAAUAUCUACAUUUUUAUCAUCAUUUAUUUACAACCAUGUUAAUGAUAUCAUUCUUGUAGUUUGUACUAGUUUCAUCAAGCAUACAAUUUACAUAGGCACUAUACAAACGCUUCUAACACCCAAGUUUGGUCUCAGACUCAUUUCCGUCGUGUUGAUGAUUACAGAAGGUAUCAGUGUGAUUCAAAUGUGCAAAUGAUUUAUUUCUUUGAAAAAAAAAACCCAUAUUUUAUUUGAUUUUAUCUAAACAGAGAUUGUUUUCUCACACAGAAUAAUCAUCAGAAAGCAUUGCAUUAUUGCGAUAUAUAUUAUCAGCUCUGAUUAUUUUUCAGAAAGUCAAAGCUGGUGAACUGAAAUUAUUAUUAAUUAAGAUACCACAAGUUUAUCUUAAAUAUGUGUAAAUUAAAAACAGAGUCCUCUAUCUUUCCAUAUAUAUUUAUGUGUUUGAGUUGAAUGGACAUGAAAGGAAUAAAAAUUUGUUUUAUAUAGUCA